AUGACGCUAUAUGUGUAUAUUUCUGUAAAAUAUAACCUAACGUAGCUUAGCGAUUAUAAACUAGUUAAAACUAACUCGAAAGGUCGGAAAGAUGGAUCCUUUUAUGGAUGUGAUAAAGAAUUCUGAAGAACCUGAAUGGCUUGAAAAUAACAUCGUUGGUGGCCUGAGAGUUUGGCAACUUAUAUUUUUGUGUCUAGCUGGUGUGACGGGUAUAACGGUGAUAGUGUGUUGCUGCUUUCGCUUUCGAAUACCCCGCACGAAACAACAAAUAGAGGCAGACUACCAGAGGAGGAAGAUCACUUCUAAAUUCAGGCAACAACUAGAAACUAUACAAGACUCUAAAAUGGAUGCUAUGUCAUUACAUGAUGCCCUAGAACUUUUGCACGAGAAGACAAACAAACAGAUGGACUACCAACCAGGGUCGCAGCCGAGUUCCAUCUCCCCGGAACAAAGUUCUCUCGAUGCCACAGUCCAACCCGAUGGACAGAAGGCAGAGCCCCAAUCAUCGGGGCCCAACUUUGUGAAAUUUGCGACAAAGGUGGCCAACGUCUCCAAGCUUGGCCAACCCAAACCCACACCCACAUUGCCAGAGGAGACGAAAGACAAAAUGGACUUUUAGAAAAUUUUAUUUCUUAGCAAUUUAAAUAAUAAAAGCCAGUAGAAAGAGUUUUAAAUCUGAAGACGUAUAUUUUAUAACGUUAUUAUAGCUAUAUGUGAAAUGUAGUAAUAUUUAGU